CUUCAACCCACAACAACAGCUGGGAGGGAGAGAAAAGCUGAAUAAAACAAAAUAAAUAGAUUAACACAGGAGAAGAAGAAGAAAAAGAAGAAGAAGAAGAAGUAGAUUACAAAAACUACUACUACUACUACUACUACUACUACUACUACUACAAUGUUACUACUACUACGACUACCACUCAGGGCCUCAAAUAGUCCACUACUACAACUACUACCAAAAACAACAACAACAACAACAAGAGGUCAAGAUUUCAAGGUCACAUGUGCUGAUGAACUUGACCCGAGUUUGUUAAGAAGGUCAUUAGGGAAAGUUGACCUGACCUCCUCCUCCUCCUCCUCCUCCUCCUCUUCCUCUUCCUCCUCUUUAUUUUCAAGUUCUUAUGCUUCUCCUCUUUCCUCCUCCUCCUCCUCCUCUUCUUCCUCUUCCUUCCUUAUGUCACCACACAGAUCCUUCUCCUCCUCCUCCUCCUCCUCCUCCUCUUCCAUUCACAAAAACCUUCCUUUCUCUUCCUUUUCUUCCUCCUCCUCUUCCUCCUCCUCCUCCUCUCCCUCCGUUCACAAAAACCCUCCUCUCUCUUCCUCCUCAACCAUCCCCUCCACCGACUCAACCGGCUUCAUCCCGGUCUACAAAUUCCCCUACAUCCGGGCCGCCCAGACCGCCUGCCGGUUGAAAAUCUACCAGACCGCCAUCACGACCGUCGCAGUUCCCAUAACCGCGUACCUCUACCACACCGACCAGACCGGAUUGGCGACAGUUAUUGCGAUCUCAACCGUCAACCUCCUGGCCCUGGCAAUGCUCUACAUCAUGGGCUAUGGAUUCCGCCGGAUGAUCGGAAUGCUGUACGUGACCCCGGAUGAACGGAUGGUCAAAAUCGCGCAUCUCACCUUCUGGGGUCGGAGGUCAGAGGUCACGUUACCGGCGGAUGACCUUGUGCCUCUGUCUGAAUCGCCGGAUGACCUUAUGGAUGUAUAUAUGAGAGUGUCUAGGUACGAUGGAGGGAGUGGAGAGGUGGAGGAAAGUGGAGGAGAGGGAGAGAGAGAGGUGGAGGGAAGUGAGGUUAGGUUAAGGGGGGGAAGGGAGAGAGAGAGGGAAAGAGAGGGAGAGAGAGGAGAUGGAGAGAAAGGAACGGAGGAAAAAUCUGAAAUGGAGAGAAAAAGAGAGAGAGAGAGAGAAAAGGAGGGAAACCGUCUACAAUCUUCCUCCUCCUCCUCUUCCUCCUCCUCCUCCUCCACUCCCUUUCCUCUCUAUCUCUCUCUUCGCUUUGGAGGUAUUUUAGACAGAGAGAAGUUCUGUCGAGUCUUUGGCGCGCACAUGGACUGAGUGUGUGUGCGUCUGUGUGCGUGUGUGUGUGUCUGUGUGCGUGUGUGCGUGUGUGUGUGUGUGUGCGUGUGUUUUGAUACUGUGAAUAGCCGCUCAAAAGUGUAAAUAAUAAUAAUAAUAAUAAUAAUAAUAAUAAUAAUAAUAAUAAUAAUAAUAGGAACCAAAAUGUUUAUAUAAGAAGAAGAAGAAGAAGAAGAAGAAGAGAGGAAGAAGAAGAGAGGAGGAAGAGAGAGGAGGAGGAGGAAAAGACAUAUAGAGGAGGAGGAGGCAAAGAGGAAGAAGAGAGAGAGAGAGAGAGAGAGAGAGAGAGAGA